AUGCUUCAUGCCAUUGUCAUUGAAUUAGAUUACCAGAAGAAGUAUAGAGAACAUAUACAAGAAGAAUACCAAAUAAUAGAAGACAGGAAUGCUCGCCUGGGUGAAUAUGUAAGUCUAAACAACAGAUACACAAAACUGCUUAUUGUAAAGGAACAUCGGCAGCGGGAGGAGAAAGAACAUGAAAUAAUCACCAGAGGAAGGAGACAUGCAGAAUUGAUGGCUCAACAAACCAGUCACACUAAGAUUAGUGUUUUAUUUGACCCUGGUAGAAAUCGGGAAAUCCCAAGAACUGUUGUGCUGCAGGGAGCUGCUGGAAUUGGGAAAACAAUGACAGCAAGAAAGAUCAUGUUGGACUGGGCAGCUGGAAAACUCUAUCAGAAAAAGUUUGAUUAUGUUUUCUAUAUAAAUUGCAGAGAAAUAAACCGUGUUACUGCAGAACAAAGUGUUGCUGAUUUGCUUUUAAACAAUUUUCCUGAUGGAGUAGGAUCAAUUAAAGAAAUCUUUAAGAAGCCAGAAAAACUCCUGUUUGUAAUAGAUGGUUUUGAUGAAUUGAGUUCCUUGCUAGAUAUUGAUGAAGUUAGUCUGUGCACUGACCCAUUUGAGAAGAAGCCAGUGAAAACCAUCCUGUGCAGUUUACUGAGAAAAAAAGUUCUUCAAAAAUCCUUCUUACUAAUCACUACAAGACCAACUGCUCUGGAGAAACUACAGCAGAAUUUGAGGUUUCCAUGUUAUGCAGAAAUAAUGGGAUUUUCUGGAGAUGACAGGAAAGAAUAUUUUCAUAAAUUCUUUUGUGAUGAAAAGAAAGCAACACAAGCCUUUAAUUUUGUCAAAGAAAAUGAAAUGCUCUUCACCAUGUGCUUUGUCCCCAUUGUGUGUUGGAUCAUCUGCACGGUUAUGAAGCAACAGAUGGAAAGAGGGGAAGAUCUUGCACAAACUUCAAAAACAACCACCUCGGUAUAUUUGCUCUUUCUGACCAAUUUACUAACUGGUCAUCUCACUGGCUCAAUACAAGAAUCUAAAACUAACCUGUGGAAGCUUUGCUCAUUGGCUGCAGAUGGAAUUUUAAAACAGAAAAUACUGUUUGAAGAAGGUGAUCUGAAGAAACACAAUUUAUCCUUGUCUAACAUUCAGUCUCUCUUUCUGAUUAAAAGUAUUUUUCAAAAAGAUACUGAAUGUGAGAGUGUCUACAGCUUCAUUCACUUGACCUUCCAAGAGUUUUUUGCAGCUAUGUUCUAUGUGCUAGAGGAAGAUGAAGAGACAAUGAAAAAAUCAUUGACUUCUAAGAAAGAUGUGAACCACUUGCUAAAAACUUAUGGAACAUCUAAAAAUAAUUAUUUGAUGUUAACAGUACGUUUCUUGUUUGGUCUCUUAAAUAAAGAGAGACUAAAUGACAUAGAGAAAAUGUUAAAUUUUAAAACAACCUCUGAAAUAAAGCUGGAUUUAUUGAAGUGGUUUGAAGCAGAAGCUAAAAACAUCUCCCCUCUGCCCUAUAAGACCUAUGAGGAACUGUGUGACCAGCUUGAGUUCAAACUGUCUAUGAGUUGA